CUCAACUUCACGUAUCUUCCAUGGGAAAUACACAUCGCAUCGUUUUGCUCGAUUUGUAAGCACCGAGGCAACACGCUAAAAUUGGGAAGUGGCCACGAAGAACAUCUCACGCAUCGUCCUCGAAUGACAUUUUCAACGCCCGAGAUGCCUAGCCCCAAUUUUUUGUUUGUCGAAGUCCAACAAACGGGGAAAGUGCCACCACGAAGGGAUAUACGCACUGCAAUCCAAAAGCAUGUUAUGCGAGACAUUGGGGUUGCACGGCGCGGGCAGCCUCGGCCUCAGAGACAACUUGAAGACGUUAGGGAUGGCAAGAAGCGCGAAGCUUCAUCAUUCAGGAAUAUUUUCCCCAAAAUUCACCCUGAGAAAUCUCCGAUCCGGAAAGUACAUACCAAAGCUACAACAUCUGCACAAGGGCUGGCCUACACAGGGCCCAGUGCGGAGGUGCCCCGGUUAGUCUCAGGUGGAUGUAGAACAGAUCCUUUCGCGCGUUUCCCUAUACAUAUGACUUCGGAGACAUCAUUCCUGAUCGAUCACUUAAUAGUCUCGUCGGAACCCCGACUCCAACCAAUCAAGGAGACAUGGCUGCCCAUGAGUCUGUCAGAUCCCGCGCUGUUCUAUGAGAUAUUAUCACACAUUUCGCGCGACAUCACGGCGUCCUUUCCUGGGUACGCAAAGGAGAAACAAGCUUUCGCAUUCCAUUCCCAAGCGCUGCAGUCGGUCAACAAACGCCUUUCGGAUCCAGUUGAAAGUGUUAGUGAUGGGAUCAUCGCAACAAUCCUGGGCUUCGCGUGCUUCAGUCAUUCAGACAGAGACUGGACAAGCUAUAACAUGCACAUAGAAGGUCUCCGCACUAUCAUAACACUAAGAGGCGGAGUCCAUGCUAUCGAUCACAACAGAAUUCUUAGACUGUUGCUGUCAGGUAUCGACGUUUCCGCAUCCUGCUUCACCGGCCAACCUCCGAGGUUCCCACUCCCAAUCAGCACCCUGUCCGACCUCCGGAACGAUGAGCAAGAGAUACCCUGGUGGCUCCCCCAUCCUUCCGUUAACGAAGCAAGCAUCUGGUCAAUUACGUUUCCCCGUGAUCCUACAUUAGCAGGAAUAUUCAAAGAUUUGAGUAUAACUUCCAUGGCAAUCAAAAGCGAGUUGAAAAAGAGGUUGCUGUGGCAAGAUCAGUCAUUUUUAAAGACUUGGGUCGAUCCUUUGACCCACCGUUUAUUGGAAGGUGGCGCAGAAUUAGAAAAUAUCGACGAGACAAACUUUGUGAAUGAGUCUUGUCGUCUAGGAGCAUUGAUCCUACUAAGUAAGAUUAGAAGACGCUUCGGAGCACGCAUAGUCUUUACUGAAGUGGAGACUGAGCGAUUGAGAACUUUAUUGGAAAUCUAUGGUGAAGGAUGGACAAGUUUCAAGAAGAUGUUGCUUUGGACAGCCAUCCUGGCAGCACUCGAGGCAGACAACGAAGACAGACUGUGGUUCUGCGACAUCAUCGGGAACACUGCAAAGGCCAUGGGGCUGCAAAGUUGGGACGAAAUUAUCGUGUACGCUUCAAAUUUACUUUGGGUAGGUGAUAUUUUGGACAGGGAGUGUGAUAUUCUGAGACCACUCGUGCACAUCGAAUCCGCGAAAUAUUUCCUCACCGCUUCUUCCAACGUUGCAGGCUUGAACGAAAACUUGUCGUUGUCCCACGGUCCUGGUACACUCACCACGCUGAGGUCACCAAGGAGAGACUUGAGCGCGAAGGCCAAUUCUCCAUCCACGUCACCCUUCUCCUCGCACGCCUUCUGCGCAUCAAUAGCGUCUUGCUGAG